CACUUGCCCUGAGUCGUGUGGCGGGCAAUACAACAGGAGAGAAAUGCUCCAAUCAUUAUCCGUCUGAAGUCUAAGCAAAACAAGCUUGGAAGGAAGCAGAGAGAGAGAGAGAGAGAGAAAUGGGGGAUUUGUACGCUUUGGACUUUGAUGGCGUCCUCUGUGAUAGCUGUGGAGAGAGCUCUCUUUCUGCUGUUAAGGCUGCUAAGGUGAGAUGGCCUAGUCUCUUCAACGGCGUUGAUUCGUCAACUGAGGAGUGGAUUGUUGAUCAGAUGCAAAUAGUUAGACCAGUGGUAGAAACUGGAUAUGAGAAUGUUUUACUUGUGAGGCUGCUGUUGGAGAUGGCAAAUCCUUCCAUUCGCAAGUCCUCAGUUGCAGAGGGACUUACAGUAGAGGGAAUUCUGGAAAACUGGUCAAAGAUAAAGCCUAUUAUCAUGGAAGAAUGGGAUGAAAAGAGGGAUCCUCUGAUAGAUCUUUUUGGUAAGAUCAGGGAUGAAUGGAUGGACAAUGAUUUGGCCACUUGGAUUGGUGCUAAUAGGUUUUAUCCUGGUGUUCCCGAUGCAUUAAAGUUUGCAAGUUCAACGGUCUACAUUGUCACUACCAAACAGAGCCGUUUUGCAGGUGCAUUACUUCGAGAGCUUGCAGGGGUAACUAUUCCACAGGAAAGAAUCUUUGGUCUAGGGACUGGCCCAAAAGUAGAAGUGCUGAAGCAGCUUCAAAAUAUGCCAGAGCACCAGGGUCUGACAUUGCACUUUGUAGAAGACCGGCUAGCUACACUGAAGAAUGUCAUCAAAGAGCCAGAAUUGGACAACUGGAACCUGUAUCUAGGAGACUGGGGAUACAACACCCAAAAAGAAAGGGAAGAAGCUGCAAGCAUACCCAGAAUUCACAUACUUCAGCUCUCUGACUUCAGCAAGAAGUUAAAAUGAUUAUAUAUUCCUCCAUAAUGCAUUGGUUAUGAGGAGAGAGCGCUUCCAAAAUUUUGGUGAUAGAUAAUAAUUAAAUUUUUGAGAAGCAAUUUCCAUCACUACUUCUCUUGUGGUGGCUGAGUUAUAUCAAUUGUAACCAUUUUUUUAGAUUAUUAAUUGACUAGGCCAUCGGAGCUUUGAUAGAUACAGAAACUUCUUAAUCAAAUCAUCUCUGAUAUAUUUGUCCACACAAUA